UGGACACGGAGUGUGUGGAGCUGUUUGAGUUUGAUUGUAAAAGGUCCCUCUGGUCCUCUGGUUGCUCCUCUGGGAUCUUCAGUGGUUUUGCCCUGUUCUGUUGAUGAACUUUUAUCAGUGGAGGGUCUGGAGGUGGAAUGGAGAAGAACAGACUCAGACACUUUAGUUCAUCUGUUUCAAGAUGGUGAGACUCAAACAGGGGUCCAGCAGGAGGAUUAUCAGGAUAGAGCUCAUUUCUUCACUGAGGAGAUUCAACGUGGAAACUUCUCCCUCCGUCUGGACGAUCUGAGAUCUGAAGAUGAGGGACGAUACACAUGUACAGUUUACAUUCAGCAAGAGUCUGGGGAGACUGUGGUUGAAAUUAAAGUUGAUGGUGUUGAGCGUUUGAGAGUAUCAGGAUCGAGUCGCUCCAUAUCUGCAUAUGUGGGUGAAGACGUCACUCUGAGCUGCUCUGUAGAUUCUCACAUCACACCUGAAGACUUGGAAGUUUCAUGGAAGAAAACAGAUGAAGAUGAAGAUAUUGUGGUUCUGCUCUACCAAAACAAUGAGGCUUUUCCAGAGGCAUCAGUUGAGCGAUACAGAGACAGAGUUGAGUUCUUCACUGCUGAAAUCCCCAAAGGAAACUUCUCUCUCAGACUGAAGAGUGUCAGAACUGAGGAUAAAGGAGUUUACAUGUGUAAGGUGUCUGCUGGAGGACUUUCAGCCAAUACAACUGUAGAACUGGAGAGACUGGAGCGUUUGCGGGUAUCAGGAUCGAGUCGCUCCAUAUCUGCAUAUGUGAGUGAAGACAUCACUCUGAGCUGCUCUGUAAACUCUCACAUCCCAUCUAAAAACCUGGAAGUUUCAUGGAUGAAAACAGAUGAAGAUGAAGAUAUUGUGGUUCUGCUCUACCAAAACAAUGAGACUUCACCAGAGGCAUCAGAUGAGCGAUACAGAGACAGAGUUGAGUUCUUCACUGCUGAAAUCCCCAAAGGAAACUUCUCUCUUAGACUAAAAAGUGUCAGAACUAAGGAUAAAGGAGUUUACAUGUGUGAGGUGUCUGCUGGAGGACUUUCAGCCAAUACAACUGUAGAACUGGAGAGACUGGGCUUCUCAGUUUCACACAUAAUGGUGUUGAUUCUCUGUAUUUCUGCAUCUGGAUCUGCACUGCUGCUCUUCUGUCUGAUCUACUGCAGAUCUCCUACUAAAGGUUUCUAUGGGCAGCAUACCUAUAACCAUUAUUUUAAUAUGGGAUCUUCAGUGGUUUUGCCCUGUCAUGUUGAUGAAUGCUUAUUAAAGAAGGAAGUGAAGGUGGAAUGGAGAAGAAAAGACACAAGGACUCUGGUUCAUCUGUAUCAAGAUGGUGAGAGUCAAUCACAUCAGGAUUAUCAGGACAGAGCUCAUUUCUUUACUGAUGAGAUUCAGCAUGGAAACUUCUCCCUCCGUCUGGACAAACUGAGAGCUGAAGAUGCUGGAGAAUACAUAUGUAAAGUUUACUGUGACCUUUUUACAGUGACCAGGACAACAGAGACGAGUUUGGUACCACAGUUCAAAGUGAAAGAUUCCUCUGAUAAUCAGACGGUUCCACUUGGAGAUUCAGUGAUUUUGCCUUGUCAGGUUGACAAAAGCUUGUUACAGAAAAGUCUGAAGGUGGAAUGGAGAAGAACAGACUCAGAGACUCUGGUUCAUCUGUAUGAAGAUGGUGAGAGUCGACCGAAGAAACAGCACAAAAAGUAUCAUCAAAGAGCUCAUUUCAUUACUGAUGAGAUUAAAGAUGGAAACUUCUCCAUCCGACUGGAAAAAGUGAGAGCAGAAGAUGCUGGAGAAUAUGCAUGUAAAGUUUACAGUGACCAGGAUUGUGUGCAUUCAGCCGAUGCAGGGGUCGAGAUACUGCGGUUUGAUGUUAAAUGUUCUCGUCACACUCUCGCUCCUCUGGGAUGUUCAGUAGUUUUGCCCUGUUAUGGAGAUAUGCCCUCUACAACGGAGGGUCUGAGGGUGGAAUGGAGAAAAAAAGACUUGGAGCAUCUGGUUCAUCUGUAUGAAGAUGGUGAGAGUCGAGCAGAAGCUCAGCAGGAGGAUUAUCAGGAUAGAGCUCAUUUCUUUACUGACCAGAUUCAACAUGGAAAUUUCUCCCUCCGUCUGGACAAUCUGAGAACUGAAGAUGAGGGACAAUACACAUGUACAGUUUACAGUCAGCAGAGAUCUGUGUUUUCAGCUGAGACAAAUUUGGAAAUGAAACUACUAGACACAGUCUUCCGUCUUCAGAUGUUUCUUGUCUUCUGUCCAAAUCUGAUCAUGUUUCUUGCUUUUGUCCUCUGGGGUGUUUCUGAAGGGUCUCUGUAUGAGACAAUCUUUUGUUGUUCUCUUUAUUUUCUGAGGCCUCUCAUGUUGCUCUGGACGGCUCCGUAUGUGAAUGAGUUCACAGGCAACAUUAAAACAUGGCUUAUGUAUGACAGUUAUUUGGCAGAAUAUAUACUUUUCUCAGCUGCUUUAUAUUCAGUUAUGUUUAAAUCUGCCUGGGAUAAAAGUCUGAAUUACACUGUAAUUGAAGGCGCCAUUGUUAUUGUCCUCUUUGUGUUUGCGAUUCUGUUCAACCUCAUCUGUAUUACUUACUUGUUGGUGAGAUUAAUUGGGAAAUUAAAUAAGCAGAUCACUGCUACAUUCUAUGUUCUGGCUGGUAUAACCUUUAAUGUUCUGCCUUCAAUACAAUUCAUCCUCCUGUUCUUUGCCUUUGGAUCUGGUCAAGGAGGAUUCAUCAUUGUUACAGUUUUACCAGUGUUUCUCACAGUCGCCAGAUACAAUUGGAGCAUUACAUGUGGUAAACAGAUGGGCUGUUCACCUGCGGUCAUGAGAUCAGCGUGGUUUACUCUCAUGAUACUGAUCAAUGCUGGCAUUGUUUAUUUCUACAUCAUAACUCUGGAAAAUGAAAAGGAUUGUGUUGGAUGGGCCUGUAUGAUUGCGUUUCUCCAGUUACUCUGGGCAGUGAUCAAAUUCUUGUGGUCAUUUUCGUCAUCAUGUGAGUUUCUCCGUCUUGUUCCUAUGUAUUUGUUUGGAUCAGUUGGUGUUGUUUUACUGAACUCUGUUGCUCUGAUGACUGAACUGAUCCUCAAAACAGUUAAUGGUAAAGGUGUGAUUGGAGACAUGAGGAUCAUCGUCUUCUCCUCUGAAUUCAUCUUCACUUUAUGUCUGAUGAUUUUAAUGAUAAUUGAACCCUGGAUCAAACCAUGUCUGCAGUCAUGUCAGAAGGCAAUGAAGUAUCUUCGAACUACAGCUGCUGGAUCACAGAAUCAGGAAUCUCAGAAUGCAGCAGCAGCAGCUUCUGAUGAAACUCCAGCCAGUGGAUCAAACCAGAACCAGAACACAACAGAAUCUCAUGAGAUGAAAACUCUACAGAAUGAACAAAACCAGGAGAACGGCAGGAGUGACACAACAGAGCAAACUCAGCCGGAUUCAGUGGUUACACAAUCAUAAAAAACACUCUUGAGAAGCUUUUAACUGUGAUUUAAGAGAAGAGUUCAGUCUCAUUCUUCAUUUGAUAUUGAGGCUGUUAUUUCAUGUAUGUUUGCUUGGUUUUGUAAAUCGUUGUAAAGGUAUGCAAUAUCAAUAUGCAGGCAAUAUCAGUGAUCACAGUUCAGUUUCAUGAUGUCAGUAAAUGUUCAGUUCUGUGUCACCCAUCAGAAACACUGAAUCUAAAUCAAUAAAUUAUACUAUAAUUUCUAACUGGGAACAAAACGUCAGAUUCUUAAUGUGGAACACAAAAUGAGAGAUUUAGCUAAAAGUUCCAACUAUUAUUAUUAUUAUUAUUAUUAUUAUUUAUUGUUCUUCUUGUCAUUGUAUUGUGUAACAUUGUGCUUUAUUUCAUAUGUUGUAAAUGUAUACCAUAAAUGUAAAUAAUGUUUCUUAAUGUUAAAUCUGCACCAAGGUUUACUGAGAAACUGCUUUUUUCAUCCGCUCUGCACAGGAAAAAUGACAAUAAAACUAAC